AUUUACUGUUUCCUUUUUUCUGACUUUCUUCUCUUUUUCAAAAGGUGUCCAAGCCACACAGAACCAAAAAAUCUAACACGUGUCUUAGAAUUCUUCCUCAUGGGACUCUCAGAUGAUCCAGAACUUCAGUCUGUGCUCUUUGGGUUGUUCCUGUCCAUGUACUUGGUCACUGUGCUUGGGAAUCUCCUCAUCAUCCUGACCAUCAGCUCUGACUCCCACCUACACACCCCCAUGUACUUCUUCCUCUCCAACCUGUCCUUGGCUGACGUUGGUUUCACCUCCACCACAAUCCCCAAGAUGAUGGUGGGCAUCCAAACUCACAGCAGAGUCAUCUCCUAUGUGGGCUGCCUGACUCAGAUGUCUUUUUUUAUGCUUUUUGGAUGUUUGGAUAGUUUCCUCCUGACUGUGAUGGCCUAUGACCGGUUUGUGGCCAUCUGCCACCCCCUGCACUACUCAGUCAUCAUGAACCCACACCUCUGCAGCUUCUUGGUUUUGAUGUCACUUUUCAUCAGCCUUUUGGUCUCCCAGAUGCACAAUUCGAUUGUGUUACAACUUACCUACUUCAAAGAUGUGGAAAUUUCUCACUUCUUCUGUGACCCUUCUCAACUCCUCAACCUUGCCUGUUCUGACACCUCCACUAAUAACGUAGUCAUGUAUUUGGUUGGUGCCAUCUCUGGUUUUCUUCCUAUCUCAGGGAUCCUUUUCUCUUACUAUAAAAUUGUUUCCUCUGUUCUGAGAGUCCCCUCAUCAGGUGGGAAGUACAAAGCCUUCUCCACCUGUGGCUCUCACCUGUCCGUUGUUUGCUUAUUUUAUGGAACAGGCCUUGGGGUUUACCUCAGUUCUGCUGUCUCACUUACUCCCAGGAAGGAUGCGGUGGCCUCGGUGGUGUACACUGUGGUCACCCCCAUGCUGAAUCCCUUCAUCUACAGUCUGAGGAACAGAGACAUCAAAAGAGCCAUGCGGAGGCUCCUCAGCAAAACAAUCUAA